CUUGUAUUACAAUUCUCGUAAUCGUAGCGCUUAUCAUGGUUGUUUGAGCAUUCUCUGAAUCGCCAACAAAAGCAAAGGUCACACUCUUCGCAGCUUUAUUUAUCUCAGCGGGAAACGGACAUAAUGCAUAAAUAUAAUACAAACAUGAUUGUACUUAUCUGUGUUUAACAUGUAUAAAGAACAGAUAUUCUAAUAAAACGUAUACUGUUAUUGCUAUUACGAACGUGUAUAGUCUUAUUUGUUAGUGCUAAAAACGUGUUUUUGUGUUUUUUUAACGUUAAAAAAGUGUGACAAAUCUAUGAAUAUGUAUACUGAUGUGCCCAAACUCACCAGAUGCUGUUUCUGCUUGCCUUUAAGACAUGGUCUCCUAUUUUGGGGAUAUCUCAAGCUGCUACCACUAUUGGGUAUGUUCUUGUUACUGAUAUUGGAGCUCACACGUUUUAUAGGAUAUCAAGAUUCAGGUGCGACACAUUCAAGCUUACCACCGCCCAUACCUAUACUAAUGACACUUACAAUUGUAGAUAUUAUAUUUAGUGUCAUCCUUUUAGUGGGUGGUCAUACCAAAAAUUGGAACUUGUUCAAAAUUUAUUAUUACUACUCAAUGACGAUGGUAGGACUGUUUGUGUUAUGUUAUUCAGUCUUCAUAAUUGGAUUUAUUGUGAUGUCGUACUCCAAUCCAUUUUUAUUCUACCUUUUGAUUUACGUGAUCCAGAUUGUGCUAUUUGGAGCAGCAGUACUUCUUCUACAAAUCUAUAUUACGAUAUUGGUUAGAAGCGAAAUGUUGAAAUUACGAGAUAAUGCCAACUUCAGCUUCGUGAAUCACGCUGCAGAAGCACAAUGUACUAUGAACCAGGAUAAAGUGAUGGUUUAAAAACUUUUUCAUAGUCCAUUGAUGGCAAACUGAAAAAAAAACACUAUUAUAGAUGUUUGCUGUAUGGUCUUCGUAGAUUGUGCCUUCCCCCAGUAUUUGGCGUUGACUAUUUUUUACCAUCUAUAACUUAAAGAUGCCAGAAAAUGCUUUUCUUCGUUUUAUUCAAUAUCAUAGCAAAGA